AUGUACAGCAGUCUCCUGCUCGUCACGUCGCUGCUUGCAGCGCUGCCUGUGAACGCCGAUGGACUAUACACCAAGAACUCCCCGGUGCUGCAGCUGAACCCCAAAACUUACAACUCGCUCAUCGCGAAGUCAAAUCACACCUCGAUCGUCGAGUUCUACGCUCCCUGGUGCGGUCACUGCCAAAGCCUCAAGCCCGCCUACGAGAAAGCCGCGAAGAACCUCGAUGGUCUGGCGAACGUCGCCGCGAUCAACUGCGACGAUGACGAGAACAAAGCCUUCUGCGGCCAGAUGGGCGUGCAGGGCUUCCCAACCCUCAAGAUCAUGACGCCAUCCAAGAAACCCGGAAAGCCACGCGUGGAGGACUACCAAGGCGCGCGCAGUGCCAAAGGCAUCGUCGACGCAGUCGUCGAUCACAUUCCCAACCAUGUGAAGCGCGCAACAGACAAAGACCUGGACAAGUGGCUCGGACAGAACGAAGGUCGGCCCAAGGCCGUCCUCUUCACGGAGAAGGGCACAACAAGCGCGUUGAUCCGCGCCCUGGCAAUCGACUUCCUCGGCGCCAUUGACAUCGCCCAGGUGCGCAACAAGGAAACCGCAUCUGUCAAGAAGUUCGGAGUCACCUCGCUCCCGGCGCUUGUCCUCGUCGCCGGCGACGAACCCCAGAUCUACCAGGGCGACCUGAAGAAGAAGCCUAUCACCGAGUUCCUGAGCCAAGCUGCCGCACCCAACGCACCCGCAUCCGCAGACUCCAAGCCCAAGACGAAGCCCAAGGCUAAGAAGUCUAAGCCCGCAGCAAAGCCAACCUCCGUCGCCGAAGAGCCCGACGACGAGCCAACAGCCGCACAGGAAGAAACCAAGCCCGUCCCAACCCUCGUCCCCGCACCCGCAAUCCCCACCCUCUCAACCCCCGAGUCCCUCCAAGCAGCCUGCCUAGCCCCCAAGUCCGGAACAUGUGUGCUAGCCAUCCUCCCCGAGGCGAGCGAGUCCGACGAAGCCCUCCCAGUCCCUGCUACAGCUGCGCUAGCCAGCCUAGCUGAGAUUGGUCACAAGCAUGCUCAGCGUGGUACGCACCUGUUCCCGUUGUAUGCUAUCCCCGCUAGCAACCCUGUCUCCCAUAUCCUGCGCACUGCAUUGAGUCUGACCAAGGGACCUACUGUGGAGGUUGUUGCGCUUAAUGCUCGCCGGAGCUGGUGGCGCCGGUUCACCGCUGAGGGUGAGGACUUUGGAGCUGUUGCUGUUGAGUCUUGGGUUGAUGCUAUUCGUCUUGGCGAGGGUGCUAAGGAGAAGCUGCCUGAGGGUCUUGUUGCUGGCGCUGAGGAGGCCGAGCCUGUGGCAGAGGCCGAGACCGAGACCGAGACUGCCCCUGAGCCCGAAGCUGAAGCUGAAGCUGAGGCCGAGGAGCAGGUCGAGCCUGAGCACGAUGAGCUGUGA